AUGGUCAUAGUUGAUACCACUUGCGUCGAAUACCUCUGUCUUGUGGUCAUAUCUAUGUUGGCUAAAAAGAGUUCUUUCAGAAACUUUUUCGAAGAUUUGGCGCACUUCGACAGCUUACUGAAUUUGAAUGGAGACUUGAAUAUCACCAGUCCUUCUGGCAGAGGUUGGGCGUGGAUUGUGGCCAGUGUUUUGUACAGCAUAUGCGAAUUUUUCUCGCUGUCCACGUAUAUGACUCAAAAGAUAGAUUACUCGUUUAUGCUGACGUAUAUCACGUUGGUGGCUCAUGAUUGUGAGCAGAUUUUGUUUUGUUCGGUGCUCAGGAUGAUUUUAAUCCGGGUUCGGAUAUUGAAGGCGCACGUUUUGAAGACAUUAGUGCCUAAAAACAGCAGAGAAGCGAAGAAAAAACUACUAGAGGUCGAAGCGUUGUCGUAUAGGGCACAACUCGAUAUAGGGACCUUGCAUCGAAACUACGAGUUGCUGCACAAAUGCGCCGAACAACUUAACUCGAUAAUGAGUUUGCCGAUGAUGCUAAUGCUGUUUUGCUCGGGACUGUCGACGACGAUGCUGUUGAGGCAAUUAUUUAAAGCGUUGCAAAGUACGUUUGAAAGUGAGGUGUUAGGAGACCUGUGUUCGGAAGUUUAA